AUGUUUGCAGCAACGAUGUGUAUGUUUAAUCAAUCAAGGCAACACUGCCGUCGUCGUGCUCCGAAUGUGGACAAACGUAGGGAGUCUCGGGGUAAGAAUCUCUUGGAAGAUUACUUUAUCCCAAAUUUGUUAUAUCAUGUUUCUAAGUUUCGAGAGAGAUAUAGAAUGCAGCCACAUUUGUUCCAAAAAAUCAUGCAUGAUAUUUGUAAUUACGACACAUACUUCAUUCAGAAGUAUGAUGUUGUUGAUGUUUUGGGUCUUCUCCCGGAGCAAAAACUUACAACUGCUUUGCGGAUGCUUGCUUAUGAGGCAUCUGCAAAGCAGGUGGAUGAGAUUGCAAGGUUGAGAAAAUCAACUGUCCUAGAGUGGUUGGCUCGAGGUUUCCCAGGAAUGAUUGGAAGCAUCGAUUGCAUGCACUGGCAGUGGAAGAAUUGUCCUACUGCUUGGCAAGAAGAGUACGGGAAUCGGAAGGGCCAAAAAAGUAUAAUUUUGGAGGCCAUAGCUUUAUUCGACUGUUGGGUUUGGCAUGCCUUCUUCGGGGUUACCGGAUCUCAGAAUGACCUCAAUGUCCUUGGUCAAUCACCGGUAUUCGACGAGGUGGAUGACAUUCGUGAAAACAAUUCCGAAUCCCCAAUCCGAGAAGAAAAAAGCUUUGCUGCCUUUCAAGAAAGUUAUAGGAAAGACGUGGAAAGGUGUUUCGAUAUCUUGCAAGCUCGUUGGGUAAUUAUUAGAGGUGCUGCUCAGAUGCUAGAUGAGGAGCCCGAACUGUUACUUCGGGAUGGUCAAUACAACAACCCCAUGAUUGAUCGUUAUCAAGAAAUGCAAUCUUCAUAUGUUCACGAGAGACGUCAACUUGACUUGAUCGAGCACUUGUGUGAGAUGAAAGGCAAUCACAGUGGAUGA